CACUGACUGGCACUGAUAGGUGGCACUGAUUGGCAGCACUGAUAGGUGGCACUGACUGGCAUUGAUAGGUGGCACUGAAAGGCAGCUCAGAUGGGCACUGAUAUGUGGCACUGAUGUGGCACUGAUGGGCACGGGAAGGUGGCAUGGAUGAGCACUGAGAGCUGGCACUGAUGGACACUGACAGGCUGUGCUGCUGGGGCUACACAGAUCAUCAGGGCACACUGAUCAUCAGUGCUCUGAUGAUCUCUGUCAGAGUGACAGCUCGUGGGGAGAGAAAUGCCGAUAACCGGCAUUUCCCUGUUUACAUGUGAUCAGCUGUGAUUGGA